CCUCGUCGCCAACCCCACCUUACGACUCACUAUAUAUAUGCCGUCUCGCGAUAUCAGUUUUUUAAUAGUUCUCUCACAUCACCGGUCGCACGCGCGUGUACGCAACGUACACGUAUAUUUGUGAUUUAGAUCGUUUUUAAACUCCUCAACAACAAUGUCCGGACGUGGCAAAGGCGGCAAAGUUAAGGGAAAGGUCAAGUCUCGCUCCAACCGUGCCGGUCUACAGUUCCCCGUCGGACGUAUUCACAGGCUGCUGAGGAAGGGCAACUACGCUGAACGCGUCGGUGCCGGCGCGCCCGUUUAUCUCGCGGCCGUGAUGGAGUAUCUCGCCGCUGAAGUUCUCGAGUUGGCCGGCAACGCGGCGCGCGACAACAAGAAGACCAGGAUCAUACCGAGGCAUCUUCAGCUGGCCAUCCGCAACGACGAGGAACUGAACAAGCUUCUCUCCGGCGUGACUAUCGCACAGGGUGGCGUGCUGCCGAACAUCCAAGCUGUCCUGUUGCCCAAGAAGACCGAGAAGAAGGCCUAAUAAUUUAUCUUCUUCUUGGUACCUACCUACUCGAUAUACUACUUAUCGAGAAAUAUGAACAAAAGGCCCUUUUCAGGGCCACAAAA